AUGGAUGCUGGAACGGCCAUGGCAAAGCAUUUGGACGCUUUCGACGAGCUCGUUGUCGGUCUUCAGACGCUUGGAGAGCCCGUCGACGAGGCACGGCAGCUAGUAGUGCUGCUGAGCAGCCUUCCAGCCGAAUACGAGCUGAUAUCGUCGAUCAUCGAGAACGUCAAGGACAUCACGCUCAUCGAGGUGAAAGAGAAGCUGUUGAAGGAGUGUGAACGGUUGGAGAAGAAAGACACGACUUCGGAACGAGCAUUUAAGGUCAACGCUGGACGUUUCAAGGGCAACAAGAGGAGUGGUCGCAAGUGGAGCGAUCAGAAGAAGAACUCUAGUGGUUUCCAAGGCAAGUGUUUCAAGUGCAACAAAGUUGGGCACAUGAAGCGGGACUGUCAAGAGGGAACAACAGACGGCGAUGCGGUAUUUGUUGUGAGCACAGAACGUGUAAACGGAUGGUUGAUCGACAGCGGCGCGACCGCCCACAUGACCCCGCACCGUUCCGAUCUGUUCGAGUAUGAGAACGUGAAUGGUGGCAUCGAAGUAACAAUCGCUGACGGAAAGAAGCUGCAGGUCACUGGACGUGGUACGGUACGCUUGCUUGGACUGGACGGUAAACGGAUUAAGAUGGUUGAAGUUCUUCGCAUACCGGGCCUCGAUCGGCCGGCUAGCGCAAUUGCGAAGGGUAAGAAGGUCGGCAAGGCUUACAUGUUAGACUGUGAACAAGAAGAAGCUUGGUUCGUCCAGUACGCCGGGGCUGGCAGCAAGUGGGAGCUUUGGCACGCUCGCAUGGGGCAUCCCAACCAGGAUGCUCUGGAAAAGACAAGGCAUGCCACGAACGGUAUUCCGGCUGUUGGUCAACCGCCCCAGUCUUUGUGCGGCGGAUGCAUGAAGGGGAAGCAAACGGUGGCAAAAUUUCCGCAUUGUUCCAGCUCGAAGACGUCGCGCGUUCUUGAGCUCGUCCACACGGAUAUGAUGGGACCAAUGAAUAAUCCUUCGAAAGGUGGUGCCAAGUAUGUCCUGACGUUCGUGGACGACUACUCGCGCUACGUUGUGGCCUAUUUCUUGAAAAAGAAGAGCGAGGUGGCCAUUAAGCUUAGAGAGUUCAUGACUUUCUAUGAGAAUCAAUGGGGAGAGCGCAUGAAGUGUUUACGAUCGGAUAACGGAACGGAGUUUGUCAACCAAGAGAUGACGAAGAUAUGUAUGCUGAACGGUAUCGUGCACCAACGGACUGUCCCGUAUAGCCCUCAGCAGAAUGGAGUGGCAGAACGGAUGAACCGAACUAUCAUGGAGAGAUCUCGAAGUAUGCUAUACUACAAGGGCGUUCCAAUGGAGUGGUGGGCUCAAGCAGUUAGUACUGCGGUAUAUCUAAUCAACCGUUCCACGAACACGCACAACGCAACCGUAACACCGUUUGAGCUAGGUUUCAAAGUGAAACCUACGCUAGAUCACCUACGCGUAUUUGGUUCUCGCGGGUACGUUCACAUUGACGAAGCGAAGAGGACGAAGCUUGAACCUAAGAGCUUUAGAUGUCUGCUGCUCGGAUACCCAGAAAACGUCAAGGGUUACCGUGUCUAUGACUUGGACGCUUCCAAGGUCAAAGUUUCUCGCUCGGUGAAAUUGGACGAGCGUGAGGUAGAUGGUAUUUACGAUACACUACCUGCUCAGAUCGAAACAGUUAUUCAUGUUAGCACAGACGCCGAUGAUGAAGUCACGCUCGCACCAGUGGAACUUCAACCCGUCGAAGCGGAACCCAUGGAAGGCGUUGAGAACGACGCACCGGAUGUAGAGAUGGAGAGCAUGCAACCGAUACAGGACGCUAUACCGUCGCUGCUGAUGCCACAAGAACGGUCAGCUCCCACUGGAUUUGAGUUGGAACCGUACCGUGGACCACCGACUAUCUUCGAGGACGAUCAAGUGGUGUUCCAUACCCCUAGCGACCGUUUUAGAAGUUCCCGGGAACCAGUCUUCCUUCUUGAAGAGGGAACGGACGCAGAGGAAGAACGGAAGUCGGAAGGAAGAGAUGGACCGUCCUAUCCGAAGCGUGCCAGGAUCGAUAAAGACGGCCUUAUUGCUGAAGCCGUCCUCGCGUACGCAGCAAGCAUUGACACAGUGGAUCUUUUUACAACAUACGCUCAGAACUAUGUGUGCCAGCUGAACAAGGCCAUCUAUGGACUGAAGCAAGCUGCAAGUGCCUGGAACAAGACCAUUCAUCGGGUAUUUCUUGGGUACGGAUUCAAGAGCUGUGGUGCGGACCAGUGCGUCUAUGUCAAGCGUUCCAAGAGCAAUUUCAUUUACGUCUGUCUUUACGUAGAUGAUAUGAUCAUUGCGGCGAAGACUAGUGAUGAAAUUGAUGACGUGCAAAACGCACUCAAGAGUGUCUUUAAGAUGAAGGAGCUUGGACCGGCGAAAUUUAUCCUGGGAAUGGAGAUCGACCAUAACAUGACUGCUGGAACGCUUAUGAUUAAGCAAACGCGAUACAUCGAUGAUGUGGCGAAACGGUUCGGGCAAGAGAACGCUAAGUCGGUUGACAACCAGUGUGCAACUGGUCUUAAGUUGUCAAAGUCGCAAUCGCCAGCAACGGAUGAAGAGCGAAGAAAGAUGCAAUCGAGACCGUACCGCUCCUUAAUUGGAUGCCUACUGUAUAUCACGACGUGUACUCGCCCGGACAUUUCAUUCGUGGUAACGCAACUUUCUCGUUUCCUGGAGAAUCCCGGGGCGCAGCAUUGGAACGCUGCUAUACGUGUUCUACGCUACUUAAAGACGACUCGCCAGCACGGGAUCAUCUACAAAGGUGGUACUGGCAGCGUCACAGCUGAAGCCUACUCGGAUGCGGACUGGGGUUCCAACCUCGACGACAGGCGUUCUGUCUCGGGGGUUAUGAUCAUGAUUGGGAACGCUCCGGUGGUGUUCAAAUCUAAGUUCCAACGAACGGUUGCCCUCAGCUCAGCGGAAGCUGAGUAUAUGGCUUUAAGCCUAUGCGUUCAGGAAGUGCUAUGGACGCGUGCGAUACUGACGGACAUGGGAAUGGUACAAAUGAACGCUACCCAGAUAUGGGAGGACAAUCAAGGAGCGAUUGCUUUGGCCCAAAACGCUGGUUAUCAUGCUCGGACCAAGCAUGUGGACAUCCGUCAUCACUUCAUCAGAGAGACGAUGGAAGACGGGACGGUUGCGGUAGCGUAUGUGGACACCAAACAUCAAUUGGCCGACAUACUGACCAAGGCGCUAGGAUCCAAGACGUUCAAGUUCCUGCGCGAUGCAAACAGUAUCCAGUGCAAAGAAACCAAGCAGUAG